CGGCUUCUCCACUUAAACUGCGAGCGGUUUGGAGCUAACCAACGCGAAAAAAAAAGAGGAACCUGCGGACAAGCUGCAAGCGAGCAAGUCGAGGUGUGUUCUGUGCUGCGCGUGUGGGGGCGUCCCGUUUCCUACGUGUCGUCUGCUGCGUAUCGUCGCUUCUUUCUUUACGCUGUGUGUUUGACGUUGUGGGAACCUGAGUGCUCUUCGGGAGCGGUGUGCGGUGACAUUUUGCAGGAGCGGCGCGGCGGCCGCUGUAAAAGGUGUGUUCUAUCGCGCGUGUGCUGCGCGAUCUGGCGGUUGUCCUGCGGUAGCAGUGACCGACCGUGACUUCUGCCUACCUACCCACCUACCUACCGGAGGCGCAUCAUCAACUCAGGAGUGCUCACAUUCCACACCAGGGAUGGCCCGGAACUCUGGACUCAGCCGGUUAUGACCUUAGUUGACCGAGCGAAGCACUCCGACGUGCGUCGAGCCUGCUCAGCAAUGUUGACGCAUUGUGUAAGAUCGAGAUGGACGCUUCUGGGGGCCGUGACGUUGUUAGCGUGCGCCUACAGCGGUAACGCCGCUGACAUCAGGCUCUUCCAGGCUCCCGGAGGGCCCGUGCAAAAUGUGAUAUACAUUACCCUGGAUCGCAACGGCGACGCGGUGAUCGUCGGCGGACGAAACGCUCUCUACAAGCUCUCCGCGGACAAUUUCUCGCUCGAGGCCACACACAGGACGGGUCCCAAAAAUGACAGUGUCAUGUGUCCUCCGUAUCCCAAAGAGUGCAGUGACAGCAGGACCUUGACGGACAACGACAACCGAGUACUGCUCCAGUUUGGCAAGCACGCGGUUGUCCUGGCCUGCGGAACCACGUCGCAGGGCAUCUGCGCCUGGCACCAGCCCCUGCGUGGCCUGAACGUAAGCAAAUUUAUGAACGACGAAUUGGCGGUCAACUACGUGGCCUCGAAGGACAGCACUGUCGCCUUCUUCAACGGUAACCCGGGGACGCUGUUCGUUGGCUCCACGUACGACGGCAGACCCCUGGAGUACCACCCUUACGCCGUGUCCGCCAGGGUUUUGGAGAAGUCCGACUCGUUCAAGCUGCGCGCAUUCGAACCGUCUAUGGUGUCUUUCGUGAACGUGAACGAGCGAUGGAAGAAGUCGUACCGCGUCACCUACGUGUACGCUUUCAGCCACAACGGAUUCGCCUACUUCGUCACGGUGCAGAACAAGGGCGCCUCCCUGGAGUCCUUCGAGACGCGGCUGGCGCGCGUAUGCGAGAGCGACGAUUCUUUCCUGACGUACAUGGAGAUACCCAUCGAGUGUCCGAAAGACGCCGGCCUGCGGUACACCAUCGCGACCAGCGCGUCGCUGGGGCCCUCGGGCAUGUCGAAGGUGCUCGCGGUGGCCUUCGGCAGUCCCUUCGGCGGCCGCAUGGACACUAACGACCCGAGCCAAGGGUCCGCGCUGUGCUUCUUCGACAUGGACCACGUCGAAGAUGCGUUCCGCAAAACCGUCGAGAACUGCAACCAGGCCACGUCGAAGGCCAAGUUGUCGCGGCUCUUCCACAGUCCGCAGGCGGAGCUGAAGUGCACCCGUUACAAUCCAGGCGGCGACAUCCUGUGCUCGCCUGGCGUGAACAACUACAUCGAAGGCAUGCUUCCGCUCACUGGUACAGCGGCCAUCACAUUGGACAGAAGGUUGGCAACGUCCGUCACCGUCAUGCAGCAGAACGGCACCACCGUCAUUUGGGUGGGCGAUCACGUGGGAUUCCUAUACAAGUACGUUCUUCAUGGCGAGUCGUCGAAGUUGCUCUUCUCGAAGGACCUCUCCGACGGCGAAGGCAUUCCCAUUGGGAAGACCACGGCUGUUGACACGAACGGCACCUACGGCUACUUCCUCAUGGGUGAUAAGGUGGUGCGCUUUCCCGUCGGUUCAUGCAGCAUCUACGACACGUGUUCGCAGUGCAUGCGAAGUCACGAAGACCCGCUGCGCUGCGGCUGGUGCGGAGACCAGUGCGCGCACUACAGCGAGUGUGGGGAGAGUGAGAAGUUCGACGCCAGCCGCUGCCCCAUACGUUUGGACAGUGUCUCUCCAACCAAGGGUCCCGCAACAGGCGGCACCCUGCUCACUUUCCAAGGUGACAACUUCGGAGACCCCCAGCACAAGCCUUCCAGCAGCAUCGAGAUCACCGUGGGCGACCACGUGUGCGACAUCAUCCAAUGGAGUUUUACGCUCGUGCAGUGCAAAACUCCACCCGGUCAAUAUGGCUCCAAAGCAGAUAUCAUGAUAUCCGUGAAUGACACUUACUGGGAUGACAUGAAGAAAUACGACGUUCAGGACCAGCGCACCAUUGCCGAAGGCUUCGAAUACGAGGUUGCGACGUUCACAGGCUUACAACCAAAUUACGGACCCGUUUCCGGCGGAACCAACGUCACCCUCCACGGCGCAAACCUCGACAUCGGGUCGCAGCAGAACGUCACUAUAGGCGAGAGCCCGUGCAGGAUAUACAGGAUCGAAAGGAAGUUCCUGCAAUGCACUACCACGGCUGCGCCCGCAGAAAGUGUGCAUAAAGAUAUGCAAGUCUCUCUGGCCAUAGAUGGCGUCGAAGUUCCCUUCGUUCAGGACGGCGACAGCAGCUCAUUGUUCACCUAUAGGCCGGACCCAGAGAUCAACGACAUCUCGCCUAAAGCGGCUACAUUCAAGGGAAACUCUACCAUAGUGGUCAGAGGUGCCCACCUGGACAGCGUCUACGAGCCUGUCAUGGUAACAAGGGUGACAUCUAUCAACCACAAGAGACAUGAGUACAUCAGAAAGGUGUGUCGUGUUGUGGAAGGUGGUGAACGGAUGCUGUGUCCCGUGGCGUCGCUCAAGGAUUCCACCGUGAUCAGCCCCGCGCAGUUGGAAGCGCAUCUGCUGCCCAUCUUGGUGCAGGUGAAAUUCGAGAUGGACGGUCUGCACCUGCCGAAUCGCACGGACGCCUCCGAAGGCCACUUCAACUUCGUGUACAGACCGUCGCCGCGUUUCGACCGCUUUCCCGAAGAAGGGUUCGGCAUCAGCCCCGACAAGCCCACCGUACAGAUCACAGGUAACCAUUUCGAAGUUCUUAAGGACAACGACCAGGUGUCUGUUCGAGUAGACGGUAUCGACAAUGCGUGCAACGUCACCAUCAUCAGCUCUGGGGUCAUCGUGUGCACGCUGAGGCCUGACAUGCUCGACGAGAACAUGCCUCACUCCCUCGACAUCGUGUACGCGGGUAUGAGUUAUCCAGUAGGCCCAGUCAAGCUGGUGCCGGACCAGUCUGGUGUCAACACGGGAGUCAUCGCUGGUGUCGUCGUCGCGGUGUUUCUAGUCGUGCUCAUCGUCGUGGGGCUAGUCUUUUACCGGCGACGUGGUACCAAGAAGGCGCCGCAGCCUGGCUACUUCGUCGACUUCGACAACCGCCACGUCGAGAACGGCGCCAGAGGAGGCGGGGCCAACAGCGACGUCGCCCCUACGAGUCCGCCACAAAUUCAGGGCUACGUCCAAGGCAGCGAAGCCGACGCCCGACAGGCCCUCAUCAGCUCCACCUUCCAAAUCGAUGAGGAAACGAAACUUAUGCUCGAAUCAGAAAAGCUGCUCUUCAAGCGGGAGCACCUCGUACUGGGCCCGGUCAUUGGCCAAGGUCACUUUGGCUGUGUCUACCGGGGUACCCUGGAGCUGGAAGGCAAGGGUGAAGUUCAGCAGGUCGCUGUCAAGACUCUUCACAACAAUUCUCGCGGUGGCGAGGCCGACGGCCAGGCUUUCCUCGAGGAGGCACUAAUCAUGAAGGACUUCCACCAUAUGAACGUGCUGCCUCUCAUUGGACUGAGCAUCGACGAAUCAGGCGGCCUAAUGGUCAUCAUACCCUACAUGAAAUACGGCGAUCUGCUAUCCUACAUUCGAGACGAACGAAACAACCCAACUGUCAAGGACUUGAUCAUGUUUGGUAUCCAUGUGGCCGAAGGUAUGAAGUACUUGGCUGAUACAAAGUUCGUGCACAGAGACCUGGCGGCUCGCAACUGCAUGCUAAGCGAAGAUUUCAUUGUGCGAGUGGCAGACUUCGGCCUCUCACGCGACGUCUACGAAAAGGACUACUACAGCGGUGACAACAAGAAGACGAAGCUUCCUGUCAAAUGGAUGGCGCCGGAGAGCUUGGAGAAGGGCAUCUACAACCACAAGACGGACGUGUGGUCGUAUGGUGUUCUCUUGUGGGAGCUUAUGACGCGUGGCGUGACACCGUAUCCGGAAGUGGACAACUGGGACAUCGUCAAUUUCCUUAAGCAAGGACGCCGAAUGCAACAGCCGAGCUAUUGCCCGGACGAACUGUACGACAUCAUGAUGCAUUGCUGGCAGGACGACCCCAAGCGGCGACCUUCCUUCGCGCAGCUCGUGACGGACGUCUCAAAUGUCAUAACGAGCCUGGAGAAGAAAAAGAAAAACAGGAGGGUUAGUCUUAACGUCACGUACGUCAACUGCCCGAACCCCGGUGCCGCCGACGGGGCUGGACCCUCGACGGAAGAUUGGCCAGCUGAUGGACCGUCGUAGGCGGGGUGGCAUUGCGAGAGCUGCUCUUCGCCACACGGCUGCAUCUCAGUUCCUAAGAGAGCCAAUGCGCUGCUGGUAACAGCGCGACUGCCAAUGAAUCCGCAAGAACUCAGUGAUUGCAGGGCUGCUUGCCGCCGUUCACGAUCUCUCCAAAGUGCCGAUGCUCAAAUACGCGUGGAUGGUGGGAUUCCGAGUACUGCAGCUUGGAUCGACAGAGUGCCAUUCAAGUUUCAAUAACAAAGGAGCGAGUACUUAGGUUACAAAGCUCGGGCGCAUCAGUACAAUUAUGGAAAGAACAUGUUGGCUGAUUUCAGUAGGAAUUAUUGUGUGCUAUGUGCAAAAUUCCGAUCACAGAGUCCAACGUGCCAGCCUCGGAACCAGGGAUCUUAUUUCAUGUCGUGCAGACUCCCUGUUAAAUGAACUGUUCCUGAACAACCAUCAGUGCGAUUGAUGCUACAAGUGGAUAUCAUUGUGUGGAUGUGCAUUGUGAGCACCUCAUGACCCAUCAACAUUUGUGAGCAUUUCUGACACACAUACACAAAGCUUCACUAUCAGACUAUGCGUGAUCACUUAAAAAAAACAUUCCAACGUAUUACAUUUUUGUGUUGUAUACUAGUGCAUCACUACUUAACGCGUUGUCAACGCAAAGAAAUGUCUGCUGCCCCUACGUAUCAAAAGAAGAGAGUGCAAAACUGGUCGAUGUGUACUUGAGAGUGUACGAAGAAGAUAUCGUUGUAGUGCCAAAGCUGUGUGUGGCGUAUGUCUCGGAUUUACCUCGAUUGAAUGUAAAAGUGUACAAAAGACAAACGAACACGAAAAGGGCAUCUUUUCAUGAGUUGGACCUACGAGUGAACGGCCUCCUCUGCUUCGCUGCCAUCGGUCGCGGUCACAUGCUAGAGCAUGUUGAAGCGACAGCCAUUCCUUUACAACUCAAUCUAUAUUGACUGAUGCCACCGAGUUCGUCCUGUGGUGUUCACGCAUAUCAUCGCUGACAAAGGAAACGGCGAGGUGUGCGUGUGAGAACCGUGCCGUGACUACUCACUCUAGCGAGUGCCUCUUAUGCAAGAAGUGAAGUGUGGUCACUUGACUAUAGCUGCGAACUUCACUCUUUACGAACACUUCUCAACGGAUAGAUCGUUUGCUGUGUGUUGGGGGACUUUGGCCAUCUGCGAUGUUUGGCCUGUGACAGACGCAAUUCAUCCCUUCUUUUUAUGUCCCUUGUGUAGUAUAUGUGUGCGCCGGACCACUGAGUGACUCUGCAUUCACAUAUAUAAUACAACAUACGUCAUGUGACGCUAAACCACGGCUAUGCCAUCAGGGAACUUAAAUUUUAAGGGAAACAAAAGUGAAAUAAUGAAUCAAUUUAGGCUGAUAACUUACAUUUUUGAAAACUCUGUUGUCGUGAAUUUCACCACCAUAGGUUUAUUAAUAUAACAGAAAGGCGGAUUUAUUUUUGAAUUUCGCUCUGAAAUUUCUACACGUGAGUGUAAGCGUGACGUCACCGACUUCAAAGUGUUUUUUUUUGGGGGGGGGGGGGGGGAAUUUAGGCACAUUGGCUCAACAAAAUUUGAUGAAACUUUGUAAGUCAAUUCUUUGUCUAUCUCAGAGGACAGUGUACUUCAUUUUCAUCAAUUAGAAGCUAUAUGUAGGCCCCAGAUGACGCCGUCAAAAUCUAUGACGUCAGAACUAGUUUGUGCGGGUAUCCUAAUGAGGCGUCGCCACCGAAUUUUCUUUUCCCGCGUUUUCUGGCUUACCAAGGGUCGUCUCGUGACAAGAGUUGUGCUUUUACUAUUGUAAAACGGUAAUCUGCUGAUACGAGAAAUAACUUUUUUCUUUAGUGUCCCUUUAACGUCUUUACGCGACGUAAAAUCAAGCGUACGCUCAUCGUCGGGAAAACAGAGGAAGCCAAACCGGCAAGAAGUGUUUGGUACGCUAUGUUGGUUAGCGUCUUUGCGUUACGCUGGGACGCUGAAUCUAAAACUCGCUAUUGACUUAAGUGUUGACAAACGCGCACGUGGGGUGCCAUAUGAUGAACUUGAUAAGUAUCGAGCAAGCUGUCUCCCCUACAAAAUGCUGCCCCAUUCUUUCUGCGGCACUUGUACGUAGAUGUAAGCUGGCAGGUUAGCGAAUGUUGAGGCGAGCAAACGCUCGCGAACAGGAUGCUACAUGUAACGCUUGUUAACUUGUUGUUGUCCUUGUAUUGUUAUUGUUUACGUUUCAUGUUAUUAGAUGUCUCAAAAGAAGUAUUCCAAGAGCACGGUGCAAAUGCUACGGGCCCUAUGAUUAGCCUUUUCUCUUUUGUACGAUCCUUGAUGGGCUGUACGUUGUCAAAAGCUGGAAAAAAUGGUCACGGCUUUGUAAGGUGAACUUCGUAACUUACCGUCUACCGAAAAUAUUCUAUAAUUUAACGUUUUAUCGUAAGCAUCCCAAACAUUUCAGAAAUUCUUGCAAUACAACAACAUAUCCUUUAACUAGGCAGGAUAACUAAGGCUGCAUAGCCCAAGUCACAAUGCAAGCUUAAUAAACAAAAUGUUUAACAUGUACCUAGUUGGCAUGCAUGUGAUCGACGAAUGAUUGACGCACAUGAUCCCGUGCUUCGUGCAUAUGAAUAGUAGGUAUGUCAUCUUUAUUUCAUUCCAUGUUAGGUAGUUUUUGUUACAUGGCAUGCCUAAUACAUAUAAUGAUGCUGAGAAUGGUCGCUGUGUUGUGCCUUUUUUUCUUGAUUGCCUUUAAUUUUCUAUAUGCACAAUCGCUACAGCUGAUUUUUUCUCUGGCCUGCAAGGUAUAUAUAAUUGCGCUGAAUAAGCUCUAGCAGCUCUAACAAAGGAAUUUUUAGAGCUGUUACUCUGUAGUAAUAGGUAAUUGUUUACUGCAACAAGUAAUUGUUGUACUGAAGGGCUACCUAACAGUUGAUUGCGUUGGAGAAUUCUCCACAAACUAAGCUUUGUACUGAUGCUAUAACAGUUACUGCUAGACAUUGCGUUUUACCUAAGAAAGUUAAAUGCAUGUUCGUCGUUAUCGGUCCAUUGUUGAGCAUGCCAUUUGCCAUUAUCCCUGUCACUAAAGCCACGCGAAAAAAAAAAAAAAGUUAUCGUGUGAAUUAUAUCGGCAUUCUUUCUUCAUACCUAACUCUGUUUGAUUCUUAAGAGAGGUCAAUUUCGAAAAAAAAAAUGCAAACAUGAAUGAUUAC